UUCCACUUCCGUUCGAAUGACAGACAUUUGCUUAUAUAUAGAUGGACAGAAGCUUUAAACUCCCCUUUUUAAUUGCUUGAACAAAAAGCAAAGGAAUUAUUUCUGUGUUAGUUAUUUUUCUGCAGGUUAAAGAAAACCAUAAAAAGACAUUUCUUCUUCUCUGUUUCCCCGCUUUUAUCUUUGAAGUUUGGUUUCUGGAGAAGACAAAAGGUUUCUACUUUUUGUAAAAGUUCGAGGUCUUACAAAAAUAAUUUACGGGGUCUUCUCAGCUCAAGUUUCAUAAAAACUUUGUGAGCCUUUCUUAAGUUUGGUGAUGAUGGAUAUGGAGGUUAAGCAGAUAUUGAAGAGUCUAUGUUUCAGCUAUGGAUGGUCUUAUGCUGUCUUUUGGCGCUCUGACCCCAUUAACCCCAUGUUACUGAGAGUUGAAGAAGCACACAAUGAUGAACAAUCAGCCGCACUCGUUGAUGAUAUGAUUCUUCAGAUUCAUGUCUUAGGCCAAGGCAUCGUGGGGGAAGCUGCUUUAACCGGAAACCACCAAUGGCUGUUCUCAGACACACUGUUUCAGUGUGAGCAUGAGUUUCAGAAUCAGUUUCUAUCUGGCUUUAAGAGUAUCGCAAUCAUUCCAGUAGGAUCAAGCGGCGUUGUUCAGUUAGGGUCUACUCAAAAGAUUGUUGAGAGCCGAGAGAUGUUGGAAGAAACAGAAAGAGCUCUGCAGGAGAAGCAUUCUUUGAAAGUAAAGGAUCAGUCGGUGGAUCUUGAUACUUUGUUUGAGUCUCUAAUUCCACUGGUAGACUGUGAGAUUGUCCCUGAAUCUUUUCAAGGACUCAGCUUCGAUGACAUCUUCAUCGAAGAAGACACUAAUCCUCCUUCUUUUCUCUUCGAUAAACCAGCCUCUGAAGCAUCCUCAAAACCUUCUUCUUCAGACAUUAAUGGAGAUGAUGAUUCUGUGUUCGACAUUCUCAACUCUUACUCUUUGGACGAUCUGUACCAACUGCUGGCUGAUGAUUCACCGGAACAGAAUUGCUCAUCAGAAGGUGAUCAGGACUGCUCCAUUGUGAUCCAAGGAAACGACAAGGACAUUUUGGGGAUCCAUUCCUAUGAUUCUGGAUUUGGUGCAAAGCCUCCGCAGAAAGGACAGUUAUUCUCUGAGCUCAUAAGCACUAGCCUUAGCAACAGCACUAGUUGUCUCACAAAUGUGCAACAAGAAGACUCUUAUUGUGGCCUGAAUCAGAGCAAAAGACGGAAACUAGAAUCAUCAACAAUCUCAAGCUUCUUCUUUCCGCAGGCAGAGACACUAACACUUCUUAAUCCUCCCCUGUGGAUUGAUGAAGACGUUGCAGGGAAUUGGAAGAAACCUCAAGAAGAAGGAGUGAAGAAGAAGAAAAGAGCAAAGGCAGGAGAAAGCAGGAAACCGAGGCCUAAAGACAGGCAGAUGAUACAAGACCGUAUCAAGGAGCUACGAGGGAUGAUUCCAAAUGGAGCAAAGUGUAGCAUUGAUACGUUGCUUGAUCUGACGAUAAGACACAUGGUGUUCAUGCAAAGCAUCGCCAAGUACGCUGACAAACUCAAACAACCAUACUUUGCCAAGCUGGUGAAAGAGAAGGAGAGAACAUGGGCGUUGGAAGUUGAAGAUGAUGAUGAGUCGGUGGUAUGUCCGAUCAUCGUGGAGGAUUUGAAGCCGCAAGGACAAAUGCAGAUAGAGAUGGUGUGCCAGGAAAAUGGGGAUGAGUUUCUUGAGAUUGCACAUGUGGUGAGAGGUCUAGGUUUGAACAUUUUGAAAGGAGUCAUGGAAACGAGACAGGGAAGGAUAUGGGCACACUUGAUCGUCGAGGCAAAGCCACACAUCACUAGGCUUCAACUCUUCUACUCACUUGUUCACCUCUUUCAACAACAAAAUCCACCACACUCCUCCUUUGACCACCAAACAUGACGUAUAGGACUCACUUACUACUCAUUAUGUAUGCUUUUGUUGAUUUCUUACAUCUGAUUUUACUUUUCUUCCAUAUUUGUUUAGUGAAUGGCAAAGAAAACUGUUGAUAGUUUAGUAGUUCCAUCCCAAAACGUUUGUAGUAAGAAACAUGAAAUUAAAGAUUUUUGGCUUUAAA